AUGGUGAUGUUGAAGCUCCUCACGGGCCUGGCGUUGGCUUGGCUGACGGUCGGCACGCCCAGCAGCCCCGGAGGGAGCCCCAGCAAGGCCAACGCCACGCAGGCUCGAAGCAGCCUGCGAGGACCACCCGUAGCCUCAGCGGACCCAGCACCAAAUGCAGCACCAAGCGCAGCACCAAACGCAGCACCGGACGCAGCACCUGACGCAGCACCGGCCGUACCUGACAGCAAUGUCCACUCCGUCUGCCAGAGCCGUCCAUUCGACAGCAGCCUUGGGCCUAACGGAGGCGAGAACAUGGCGCAAUGCCAGGGAGAUUGUGACGGAGAUGAGGACUGCGCGGCGGGGUUGAUGUGCAAGCAGAGAGACAAUGGCGAGCCUGUUCCCGGAUGCAGUGGGGGCCUCUCCUGGCCGCAGAUGGACUACUGCUACGACCCGCAGUGUGAGGACGAAGAGGAAGGCUUGCCACCUUUGGACAGCAGUUCCGGUUCCGACGGUUCGACAGACAUGCCGAAAUGCCAUGGGGAUUGUGACGAAGAUGGGGACUGUGCUACGGGGCUCAAGUGCUACCAGAGGUCCGGUACCACGACAGUGCCUGGAUGCUCAGGCAUAGGGGUUCCCGAUUUUGACUACUGCUUCGACCCGGCGGAUGCCCCCGAACCUCCGACCAUGCCUCCCGGAAGUGGACCAGCUUGCCUUUGUGUCUUCGAUGUUGACCGGACAUUAACAGGAAAUCAGGGCACUGCCAGUAAUGGAGAGUGCCCGGCAGACAAGGAGAUUUACGGUAUUUGGGACACUGCCUACAGAGGCGGCUGGUUGACGAUUUCUGACGCUGGCCAACAUCUGAAGGAGACCUUCUGUAGCAAGUGCUAUAUGGGGAUAGUAUCAGCUGGUAUGGCCAGCGGGCGCUUCUCACGAGAGCGAACCUACUUGCUGGAGAAUGUGCUGGUGGGAGAGCCCUUCCAGGCAUUGCUGUCCUCCAAUUCCCAGACAUCCCACUGGUCCGUCAGAUCGGUGCAUUCACCACUGGUUCUCGGAUGGCCCGAUGGACAGAAGCAGGAUGCAGUUGCUGGCAUUGUGGCAUGGUACGAGCAGCAGGGCAUCAGAAUCGCGGACCAAGAUGUCUACUUUUUCGGCGAUCGCACAGAGAACAUCCCGCCUUUCAGUUCAACGUCUUUCAAUGCCCGCGAAAUCUCCUGUGCUUCCCGGGACAUGGGCAUUGGCAAUGGCAUCGUCGGAUAUUGUGGUGCAACGACGGACGAGAUCGUGGAUACCAAGGGUGUCCACGUUUGCAGCGAUGCGGCACCGACACCGACACCUUUGCCCCCGCCACCGGCCACAGAGGACUGCUUGUGUAUCUUCGACAUUGACAGGACUCUCACUGGAAAGCAGGGUGACACCACGAGCGAAUACUGCGACAAGAAUAAGCUGGAGAACAGCAUUUGGGACACUGCUUACGGUGGGGGCUGGCUCACUCUUUCAGAGGCCGCUCAGACCUUGCCGGAGACUUUCUGCAACUCUUGCUACUUGGGUGUUGUCUCGGCUGGGGAUGCUGGAGGUCAUACCUCACCCGAGAGGCCAUUUCUCCUGGAAAAUGUUCUACGCAGUGAGAAGUUCGACAAGAUGAAAAGCGAGAACAGCCAAGCGUCCGCAUGGUCCGGCUAUCCAACAGUGAAUUCCCCUCUCGUUCUCGACUGGCCGAACCGGUUGAAGCAGAACGCUGCCGAAGGCAUCGUCUCUUGGUACGCACAGCAGGGGGUGACUAUCCCCCCGAAGAAAGUCCACUUCUUCGGCGACCGGACAGAGAACAUUGGACCCUUCGCAGAGAAGGGCUACAAUGCUAGAGAGAUCUCAUGCGGGGUGAGCUUUUCUUUCGAGCUUUUGGUGGGCAGUCACCUCGAUGGCCCAAAGAGGCAAAGCCUCCAGGUUUCCUCCGUGCACCUCCCGGAAGCAAGUUCUGGCAGCUGCCUGGGUGGCGCCCUGCGCCCUUGGCCUCGUCGGCAGAUGACCCCCGAG